AUGUCAAGUGACGAAUGGACUGGCGAAGAGUUUAAGAAGUCGAAAUCAAGUAAACGAAAAGAAUCAUCAAAGUCGAGGUCGAAGUCGAAGUCAAAAUCAAAUCGACGGCCUGUCGCGGAAGCGGCUAGCGGAUGGUCCAAUGACGUUGAUGGCGAAGAUGAUAGUGCCAACGGUUCCAAUAUUCCUGCUUCUCAACUUUCCAUCAUGCGACAAAAUUCUCGUCGGGGAGCGGAGGACACUCUUACCAUCGAUAUUCCGACGAUAUCCAGAGAUGAUGUUGAAGGAGAAGAUGCUAACGAUGCACCACCCCAAGAUGCAGUUACACCUAAGUUUUCUGUAAAUCAAAUCGCUUCAUUCCAAGAAAUCCAGAACGAAUUCACGCGACAACGUGCCAAUCAGCAUAUCGAUAGUAAAAUCGAUAUUGGAAUUUUGUACAACAAUCUGCAUCUACAAGAAGAACUCGACACUGAAAAUCAAUUGGUUUGGGAUUGGGACAAAGUUUUUGUUGAAAUUAGAAAAGCGAUCACAAUACCUGUGAAUAAUUCCUAA